CCACGGGUCAAUGACUUGGCAUGCACCCACCCACGACCCACACAGCCCCACGCCCAACCCACACACACACACCAACGUUGGAUCCCAUCUCUCUCGUCUUCCUCGAUCCCCUUUCUCCACCCUACGCCGCCGCCAGAUUUCGGCGAUCCCCGCCGUUCCCCAUCGCCCAGCUCUCCUCCCCGAGUUCACCUCUCCCCGCUCACCAUAUCCACCGACCGGUUUCUCUCCUCGCCCAGGAGAGCGACGCCCAGGCACUGGUGGUGGUGCACCGCGAGGAGGCCCCAGCGGCGUCGAGCUGUUGUUGCUGCAGGCACAGCGACAUGCUAGGGAGGAGCUACGUCGGGAUGCUGCUCGGAUGGGACACGGGAGGCGGAUGGAGACUGAGGCGGUUGGAGCGGAGUCGGCGGAGGCCACGGGUGGCGUCGACAAUUUCCCACUGGAUCCAGUCUGCAGCUUGCCGAUAUUCCGGUCGUCACGCGCCACCGUCAUGAUGAUAGGAUCGAGGUGGCAUGAAGGAUGGGUGGUAGUGCGAGAGAUUCAUAGGUGGCUGCACAUGACAGCUGCGGUGGCCACGGGGGCGAGGAAGCAGAGACAGCGGCCCUAUAGAGUCCGGCGAGUCGGCGGUCAAGCCCGAUCCAAAGACUCCAUGCAGGAUAAGGAGAUGGAGUAGGAGGAUGAGCAGCAGCAGCAAAUCAGCCUCAUGAUGACAUGGUGCGGGAGGCAAUGGUGAUCAUGCUGAUGGCAUGAAGAAGGCUGAUGACCACAACCUGGACCUGUUGGCAUUUAGAGAUGGCAAACACAGGCGGCAUGGAGACAGCAACCUGGACCACCCACCUCCCUUGCCUUUUUAAUUUUGGUUGUGGUGGUUGCAUCACCGGCUUAGUCGCAAAUCAGUAUGUAGUGUGCUUGUGGAGUUGGGUCUGGACUGCAGUGUCCAUGUAGUAGGUUAGGUGCUGUUGCUGCUAGAUUCCAUGAUGCUCACCUGAGUUUUGUGUUAUGUAGAGGCCAACCUUUGUGAUCUUAUUUGUCGACACUUAUGUGAUCUGGUCUUACUUUGUGAUACAGGUCAUAUGAUAUAUAUGUAAUUAUGGAAGAUCUUGUGAUGUUCUUA